CUCAGAACCGUUACCAAGCACGCGGUUUCGUUUGUUUACAAUUUUUCCGCCUCGUAGUUUUCAAUUUUGUUUGUUUGAAUGUUUUAAAAAGUGAUCAGUCCAAAAUGAAGAUUGAAGAAGUGAAAAGCACUGUCAAAACUCAGCGGAUUUCUAGUCACAGUCACGUCAAAGGUCUCGGACUGAAUGAGAAUGGAAUCGCUAUCCCGAUUGCAGCCGGGCUGGUUGGGCAAGAAUCAGCUCGUGAGGCAGCAGGUAUUGUGGUAGAUAUGAUCAAGUCCAAAAAGAUGGCAGGCAGAGCGAUUCUCAUGGCUGGACCGCCAGGAACUGGUAAAACUGCUAUUGCGUUAGCCAUUGCCCAAGAUCUCGGCAACAAAGUUCCUUUCUGUCCAAUGGUUGGCUCAGAAGUGUACAGUUCAGAAAUUAAGAAGACUGAAGUGUUGAUGGAAAAUUUCCGCCGUGCAAUUGGAUUGCGAAUCAAAGAAACAAAAGAGGUUUAUGAGGGAGAGGUCACAGAGCUCACUCCGGUUGAAACAGAAAAUCCAAUGGGCGGGUACGGUAAAACAGUUUCUCAUGUCAUCAUUGGACUGAAAACAGCGAAAGGAUCCAAGCAGUUGAAGCUGGACCCUUCAGUUCAUGAGUCUUUACAGAAGGAAAAGGUUGAAGUGGGUGAUGUGAUUUACAUCGAAGCAAACAGUGGAGCUGUCAAACGGCAAGGCAGAAGUGAUACCUUUGCAUCUGAAUUUGAUCUCGAGGCUGAAGAGUAUGUGCCACUCCCAAAAGGCGAUGUUCACAAGAAAAAAGAAGUCAUCCAAGAUGUAACUUUACACGAUUUAGAUGUUGCAAAUGCGCGACCUCAGGGAGGCCAAGAUAUCCUUUCCAUGAUGGGGCAGCUUAUGAAGUCCAAAAAGACAGAAAUUACAGAUAAGUUACGGAAAGAAAUCAAUAAAAUAGUAAACAAGUACAUCGACCAAGGUAUUGCAGAAUUAGUUCCGGGAGUUUUGUUCAUUGAUGAAGUCCACAUGUUAGAUAUUGAAACAUUUACUUACCUUCAUAGAGCCUUGGAAUCGGCAAUCGCCCCUAUUGUAAUUUUUGCAACAAAUAGAGGAAGAUGCACCAUUAGAGGAACUGAAGAUAUUAUCUCUCCUCAUGGUAUACCAUUAGAUCUUCUAGACAGAUUGCUUAUCAUCAGGACGACCCCGUACAACCGUACAAACAUGGAAAAUAUCCUGAAAUUAAGGGCACAGACUGAAGGACUGUCUCUAGAUCCUGAGGCCUUGCAGCAGCUUGCCGAUGUUGGGUCGAAAACUACUCUAAGGUAUGCUGUUCAACUGCUAACUCCGAGUGCGCUGACGGCCAAAGUCAAUGGAAGGAGCACAAUCACGAAAGACGAUGUGAAAGAAGUGUCCGAGCUUUUCUUAGACGCCAAAUCAUCUGCUAAAAUCCUCACCGAACAAAAGGACAAGUUCAUGAAAUAAACUCAAGUGCUUUUUGACAUCAUCCUGUCUGGUCAGUGUAUUUGUCAAUUUAUGGUACAAGCUGAUCGUGCCAGAUAUGCUAGCAGAAUUCGGUUUUUAAGGAAUGUUGUCCAAUUUUCAAUAAUAUCACAGCCCCGGUACAAAAUGCUGAUUCUAUAAUUCCUAUAAGUGGAACAAUCUGCUCCUAGUUGUAGUACAAGAGCUUUUCAUAGGUCUUAAAAUUGUGUGCGGUUUGAUAAGUGUUGAUUGCUGCGUCAUGGGAAA